AUGAAUGAGGUAAUUUGGUUUGGGGGGAGACGGAAGGCGAGGGAAAACAGGGAAGAGUGUAGGAGCAGUUUUGAACACCAACUACUUGACAAAAAUCCUCAACGAAAAAUCUGGUCAAGAUUGUGUUUCUACUUGGAUGCACUUGCAACUGCUAAAAAACUCACUUCAAAUCGCAAGGAACAAUUGAUUAAGCUUCAUAAAUAUUUUCUUAAUAUGAGAGAAUAUAGUGACAAACUUAAAAGAUGGGAAGACCAACUCCAGACCAAAAAAUGGAGAAACAAUCUGAAGAAUUGAGGGGCAUAUCAGGUAGAUAUGAACAUGACAAGAAAGUUUGGGUGGCUGCAGUCAAGGAAGUAGGUAUUGAAACCAUACCACUCUCAGCUCUCUCUUCAAGCACACCACUGUGCUGACUCAGUUCCUUCCUGAUCUCAAUAACAUGGUUUCUGCAGUUCAAGCAAUGGUUGCACAGUGUGAACAUCUUAAAAUCAAAUACAACAAAGAACAAAUCAAGGGAAGAAAGCUUCAUAAUCAAUUUGAGGAUAUAAAAGAGACAGGAAAGACAUUUACCAUGGAGGGUGUUGAGGGAAAUCUAGGGGUUAGUUACAGAACAGUAGAGGAAUUAUUCAAAAUUACAAAAGAAAGAAUUGAUACUUUUGUUUAGCAGUGGAACCUACAAUUACAAAUGAUUAUGCACAAGAUUCACCAUCAAAGUUGUCUUCUCCUGGGCCAAAAGUCUGAAACUUCCACAACCUUUAGGAGGCACACAAGAUGAAUCUUCUUCAUCUGAAAACACUCCAACAAUGAUAAUGCGCAUGGAUGUUUCAUCUUCAGGAAAGUUGCCAAGUCCCGGGUGGUAUAUUGCUAAAUAUUUAUGUGGUGUUUAUUUGGCAAAAGAUCAGUUUUCCC